CGCAGGGAAACCGUCCGCCCCGGCAGCUCGAGAAGGAAGUGUUGCCCAACCGUUAAUUGCUCAACAAACCGAGAAUACCGGGUCAAGUGGCAGGUUUUUACCAGAAGCAGCGUGUGAGUUUAAGCCAUGGCUGGACCUGUUAGUCUGGAGCUUGAUCCCAUCUUCCUGAAGGGGCUGAGUUACCUGCACUCCAAGAGUAAAGAUUCAGCCGAGAAACUCAAAGCAUUACUAGAUGAGUCCCUGUCAAGAGGCAGUGACUACCGUUCCAUACAAAAAGAUAUGGAUGUGUCAAAGGGAUCUGUGUCAAAAUUAAGCUUGAGCAAACAGGACUCCAAGUCCUCCUCAAGUUCAUCCUCCUCCAGCAGCAGCAGUAGCAGUAGCAAAUCUGGCUCAGAAAAGAGUAAGAAGGAGGCAGAGAAGAGACCCACUGAAAAGGUCAGGGUGGACUUGGGUGAGGUGGACCCUCCGAAAAAGGCACGUUUAGAGAAGCAGGAGAAUCGCUCUUCACCGAUAACUGUUCAAACAAGCAAAGACCUUCUGCCAAAUAUAAAUGACUAUGAUGAGACCAAUGCAGAUGACUUUGCCAUGGAAAUGGGCCUGGCUUGUGUGGUUUGCAGACAAAUGACAGUGACCAUGGGAAACCAGCUGGUUGAGUGCCAGGAGUGCCAUAAUCUGUACCACCAGGACUGUCACAAGCCCCAAGUGACAGACAAAGAAGUAAAUGAUCCACGGCUUGUGUGGUACUGUGCCCGCUGCACCCGGCAAAUGAAACGUAUGGCCCAGAAACCUCCACAGAAGCCUUCCCCAUCCUCAUCAUCAGCACCUGUUGUAAAAGACACACUGGUGAAAAAGACAGAGCUUAAAGCCAAGCCUGACACAGCCAGCACCUUCCAAGCCUUCAAAAGAACAGAAGUGAAGGCAUCCACGACAUCAGCCAACCCCACCAUCAGCAGCUCCUCCACCUCAGGCAGCGGUCUUACAGGCUGGGCUGCAUUUGGCGCCAAAACAAACCCAUCUCUUUCUGCCAGCUCCAAACUAGGUUCCUCUGGCACAAGUGGGAGCCACAAGACCUUGACAACUCCAUCUGGCCAGAAACCUGUCGGGCUGUCUGGGCUAGCAGGAGCCAAGUCGGGACUUGGGAGUGCAAAGAUACCUGGAAGUGGCAACGGAAACGGCUCCAGCCAGGCACCUCUAAAACCUCCUCCACCCCUGACUCUGGGUAAGCAGCCGCUGAAUCGCUCAGGGAGUGGUGAAAGCCAAGGGAAAGGUGCUGCUUCAACAGGGGCCGGCUCCCCAAGCGGCUCCCAGGCAGGUGGAGGAGGGAACGGAGGCAGUAAUGGAGGCGGUAACGGGAACAAUGGGAACGGGGCGAAGGCUGCGCCAGGGGACAAAGCACCAACAUCCCAAGAGUCCCAGCUAAACGCCAUGAAACGGUUACAGCUGGUGAAGAAGAAAGCGGCGCAGAAGAAACUGAAGAAAUGAGUAGAGGUAGAGAGAAACAAAGAGGAGGGGGAGGAGGUGUGAAAGAGCAGACAAUAAACGUUUGUGGAAUUAGUGUGCCAGAGCAGUUUGUUUGUGUUAAAAGAGCAUCUGUAUAUGAGUAACACCAUCCAGUCAAAUACUUGAAUCUUACUUUGUGUAAAUGCUGCUGGACUGUGUGCCUCAUUCUGUCCUAACAAGUCUAACCGGUGAAAAAGUGACUGUCGCUUUUUAUUCAGAAACGUCAUUAAAACCCUUCUUAAAAACUGA